UCUGCGGGACACACCCGCAGAACCAGCCUAUUGUGUGGGAGUGGCUGUCAUAUGAAUCAAAAUAAAGAUAAUGAAAACGAAACAAUUGCGGAUGAUAUCGCGAUGGCGUCUGCCGCCAGGUCUGUUGAGGAAAUCCCUUCUGAGGACGAAUCUGACUUCAGCGACGAGUCAGACAGCGAUGAACAUUCAGCAGCAGAAACUGACUGUCAGCGUCGAGACAGACAACCGUGCAAGUUUUACAACAAGGGCGGCUGUCGGGAUGAUGGCAGGUGCUCUUACCUGCACGUCUGCAAGUAUGCACUGAAAGGAAACUGUCGCUACGGGUCCAGGUGUAAGCUGAAGCACAGCACGGGUGCGAGGCCGUCCUCUGGUGUGCGAGACACCCGAUCCGCGUCUGGAGACGAGGAACAGGAUGAGACCGAAGCCCCAAAGCUCACUGACGGCCGACUCUACCAGUGGCAGCUGAAUGAUGGAAAUUCCUGGAUGGAUGUUGAAAACGAUCACGUCAUCGAAGCCCAGUACUCACUGCCGCACACCAAGAGCAUCAAAAUCUACAACACGGCGUAUGGGGCCGUGAGUAUAGAUUUUAACAGGAUGAGAGUGUGUGGAAAGAGUCUGAGGGUGAGACGUUUGGAUGAUGGAAACACUCAGUGGAUCUGGUACUGCACCUUGCGUCGGAAGUGGAACAAGUAUGGAGACAAGGAUUCAAAGGGAAACCCAAGUCCUGUGGUGAACUCUGACAUAGAAAAGAAGUUCCAGAGUGACCCAAGAGGCUGUUUUACUUUCAGCAUUGGAGCUGACACUGUAGAGAUCAGAUUCAGGGAAAUGCGACAGGUGUGUAAAAACAGGAAGAGAAAGGUGACUCGUCGACCACUUUACAGACAGAAGCAAACGGGAUCCGGAGUGUCUGCAGCAGCCUCAGCACUACAGACCCUGUCGCUGGGCGGCAGACCACAGUGGCAGUUCGAGGGAGACAGAGGAGCGUGGCAUCAGUUCAGGCACAGAAGCGGCACUCAGAGUGAAUGCUCGGUCACCAGCGAAGACAUUGAGACCAAGUACCAGCAGAACUCCAACGACGGCAUGUUCUUCACCGUGAGCGGACAAUCCUACAAGCUGGACUUUGCAGCGAUGAUUCAAACCAACCUCAGAACCAAGCAUUCACGCAAGAUCAGACGUGUGCUCGUGUGAUCGUUCGAGGGGAUCUCCACGUGCCUGUGCCGUACCAUCGUUCAUGCAGUCAUUACAGUCUCACAUGAAUUUAUCUGGGGGGAUUUUUAGCGUUGGUUCUUGUAGAUUUGGCUCUACGCUGGCCUCUUUGUUUUAAAGUGUCAUAUUGAGUUUGUAUUAGAAAAGAAUCGAGGAUAAGAUUAAAUUGUACUGAAGGUUGUGUGGUUUCUUGGUGCUGUGGGGGAUCGUGUUAAAAUGACCAAAUUACCCCUAAAUGCUGCCUGAUGAACUUGCACUCAGAUUACGUACUGUACCAAAAUGCCUUUUACAAAAUUAUUGUUUGAAGUACACAUACAUGACUUAGCCUGCUGCGCACUGCCAUACCUGGGGAUGCAAUAUGUUUUUUUGUUGUUUUUUUUUAUUUUGUUGACAAAUACAUUAAGAUAAAUGCAAAAUAUUUGCUGCACGGGACAACAAAUCUACAAGCUGCCUCUUCUGUUGUAACAGAAUCGACUCAUUCAGAAGCAAAUCUGAGGGCGUUUCUCAACAGCCUUACGCUGCAUGUGCGCGUUACCUUUCAGGUGUUUUACAUGACGCAGUUGGGUGCUUGCACAUCAUGCAAUAAUAAUUCAUAUAUAUGUAUCGCUGCUGGACCUUCAGGUUUACAGAUGGCUGGCAAAUAAUAUGACAAUUUAAUAAAAAUGACUUCAAUUAAAAAAAUCCAGUG